AUGUCCUCCUUCCCGUUCCCCUCGACCGGCGACAACCCCUUCGCCUUCUACCGCUCCGUCCUCCGUGCCCACAGCAUACACCUCCCCGACGACCCUGCCGGUUUCCGCGCGCGCCUCAUCGUCCUCUUCAUCGUCGUCGCCUGCCUCUUCCUCACCAGCUUGCUCAACUUUGCCCUGCACAUCCUCUCGUACCGCAUCAAGGGGCGGUCGAUAUGGUUGUUCAGGCUGGUAGAGCGGGAUGGGAGCAAACGGAUCCUAAGCAACCACUUCGCGCUCUGCGGGAUUGGCGGAGCAGUCAUGUUCGCCAUCCUCUUCGGCGACUGUCUUGCGCUGUGGAGGACGUACGUCUCACCUGGUAAUGGCGACGGAAUUCGGCACGUCGCGAUCUGGGGCUUUGCGGUCUGGCCGCCCGCCUAUGCAGUCGGGUGGACGCUAAGCUGGGCUACCUUCCAAGCGUACGGCCAAGUCGCCUCCGCAUCGGCUUCUCUCCACCCCGCAGGCGUCGACGCGAAAGGCAGAGGCUGGCGAGCGGGCAUGCCAGCGUGGCUCGAGAACUUGCUCUUCGUCGGUGGAGGCAUCGGAGCGGUCGCGACUCAUUCGACACUCGCUGGCAUCGCUUCGGAAGCGUCUAACGACUUGUGGCACACGUUCGACGUGUUCGACGGCUACCUUGCCUCACAAGCCUCGAGCUGGGACGGCUCAACCCUCUCCGCCACGGCCGGUUCGCAGAUCCUCAAGGGAUUCAGCGAAAUGGAGAAGGCCGCCGACCACUUCUACUAUACCUCGGCAAAUAUGUGCAUCGGAGCCGCUGUUCUCCCGCUCUUCCUCGUCCUCGUCAAUCUCGUACUCGCUUCGUUCGUCCUCACGAUUCGCCAGAACAUCCGGCUUCAACUCGUUCACUUCCCGACCCUUACGGCCAGCGAUGCCGUUCCUACAAAUGUAGCGGUGUCUCCGCCCGCAGACGGCGAGAAGCCUAACCAACGCGACCCGCUUCCCUCGCCAACUUCACCGACUUUCCUUCUCCCACGCUCCUCCCCCACCCUUCCUCCCUCAUCCGUCCCUUUCUCGCCUCCGACGCCCAUCCUAUCUCCCUCCUCGCCUCGCAUGGUCCUCUCCAUCUCCAUCGACCCACAGACCAACACCUCCCUCCGCACAACCCGCCCGCUCCCGACCCGCUCGCACGUCCGCGCCAUAGCCGACGACCCCGAAUUAGCCGUCGCAGGCUCAAGCUCCCACCUCUACGCCGACCGCAUCUCGGCGCUCAUGAAGGCCGAGAUCGAGUUGCUGGUGAUUGGGGUGUCGGUCAUCGUGGGCGCUUUGGCAUUGGCUGUGACGUGCGCUUGGUCGGUGACGGUCUUCAGGGAUUGGGAAAACAUGAGUUGGGCGAAGCAGGAGGCCGUCUUGACGCUGCCGAUUUGGGUGCUGGGAAUUGGGCUGGUCGUGGGAGAGGGUGCGCAUGCGUGGGUCGAGUGGAAGUACGUCGUCGGCCGGUGGUGGCGAAUCGAGCAAUACGCGCAGUCAAAAGAGCGGAGGGAGUCGGAUCUGGCUGCAAAGCCGGCGAGCGCCACCGGUGGCGGGUCGAGGAGGUUCUCGAUCAGGUCGUUCGGGAUCAGGCCGCCUUUUGGGAGGUCGACGACGACUGAUUCGACGAGGAGCGCGAGAGGCGUGGGAGGGGGACGGACGUCCCAGGUCGGAGGGGGAGGGUUCGACGGGGCUAUCGAGGUUGCGAUUGAGGUGAUGCAGAAGGAGGAGGUGGACGUCGAGGUAGAGGACGAGGAGGAGGCUGUGGACGAGCUGUUGUACUCGGAAGCGAGGCGGGCGGCGCGAGAGGGGGAGAAGCUCGAGCAGCCGAGGAGGAAGGAGGUCUGGGAGGAUUGA